AUGCGCUCUUUCCAUGCGCUGGCCCUCGGCCUUUCUCUCCUUGACCUUUCGGCCGCCCGCGUCACACAUCAAUCUCUGAAGGAACUCCAGACACGGGAGCGGAACGGACAAGCUGAUUCGAAUGUUGUAUCUUGGUUCAAGCACCUUCUCGGCAAGUCCGACACCAGUGAUGUCGCCCCUCGCGCUGCUCUCGACAUGACUUGCAACCCACAUGACGAAUACUACAAAUUCGUGGACGACUCGACGUUUGGCCUGAGCUUCUGCCGCAGGCUGAUGAACUAUCCCAACGUUACUACGGUCUCAGACUACACGCCUGUCAGGUAAAUUGCCAUGCUGGAUCACAUCAGGUAUACAAAUGCUGACAGAAGGAAGCACUAUUGUCCACACCACCACAACCAAGGUCGUCACCGACCACACCACAAUCCGCACAACUCCAAUUACUACCACUACGGUCACUGUCGGCGGAGCCCAGAAGCGCGAUGCCGAAAUCACUCACGCUCCUCGCGCUGUCUCUGACGAACAGGUUGCCGAAGUCUUCAACAUGUUCCGCAGACAGAAACCAGACUCGACCGAUACCCCGACUGAUCCCGAGCUGAGUACCUCCUUCUCAAGUGCUUGUGCCUGUCACACGGAUUAUGACGGAGUCACAAUUGUCUCUACAUACACCAACGAGGCUUCUCUCACGACUCAAUCUGUGUUCUGGCUUACCACGACCACUGUCGCAACCACCAGAACCGCUGCAGCCCAAGUUACGAGUGUGACCGUCACAUCAGGAGCCUCGACCGCUUCAUCGCCAGAGGCAGCUGACGCAUCAAGCGGAGCUACUGCUGCAUCAAGCGCCCCGGCAGGCUCGUCUGUGGCCGCCGCCCCCUUGCCAUCUCCGACCAACGAGGCAUUCAGGUGUCCCGAAGAUAACAACUCCACUGUCAGCCAGAUGGUCGGCACCAUGCGCUACGACUACCUGGUGCUGUGCGAUACCGAUAUCACGGACGGCGACGUGUACAGCAACACGCAUUACAGCAGCUUCUCGGAGUGCGCCGCCGCCUGCUCCAUCGUGGACACCAGUAUUAACGGUCACGUCUGCGAAGGCUUCUCAUUCUACGGCGCCGCAACUGGCGAUGCGAACAACUGCUUCCUUAAGAGCAGUGCCAAUAGCUCGGUAGCGGCCGAAGGUGUUGACAGCGCUAUCCUCAAAGAAGUAGCUGUCGGCCUGUCCGACUCCAACCCUGCCGGAACCAACACUGAAUAUGGUCCUUUUGCCGAUCCAACGUCCGUGUCUCCAUCUGACAUGAGCAGCUCCAUCUCGCAGGUCCUCGACGGCAGCAGCACUUCGAUUGCCGUCAUCACCCCUGCUGCUGUCCGUCCCAGUGGUCUGCUCGUCAACGCCCCCGGUGUUGCAGGCGUCACAUCCUUCUCUACAUAUGUGUCUGACGGCUCGACAUUUUCCACUGGCACGGUCUACUCGACAUACUACUCUGAUUCCACUACCUGGUACUACUCAUACUACACCUCCUUCUCCGUAGCUUGGGCAUCGGCAACCACAGUGUACGCAAGCUCAGAGACAAGCACUGCGAUUAGCAACGUGACCAACACCGACACCAACAAUGUGAGCAACGGAAAUGGAGGCUACUCCACCAUCUCGAACCAGACCACGACGACCCCCUUCGAAGGUGGAUACAAUGUCACCACGGUGAUCAGCAAUGUUACUUACGACCAAAACGGCUCUCAACUUGCUUCUACUGCCACGACUUACGUCAACACCUACCAGACGGCGGGUGCGGGAGGAGCGAGCGGUAGUGGUGGUGCUGGUCUCAUCACAUCUACAUACCCUGGGUCUACCUCCAUCUUCACGGUGAUCUCGACAAGCGGCGCCACAGCUGGCCAGUCCGGUACUGCAGCAUCUGGUGGUGCGGCUCAGACCCCAGCGCCAAGUGUCAUCAUCAACAGCUACGGCACCGCUUAUAGUAGUGGAUACAUGCUGUCGGGAGGCGCUGGCGGUGCUGGUGGCGCGAGCAGCACUGAAGGCUCUGGGGGUGCACCUCUCACUCCCAUCUCUUCGACGCUCUUCUCGACCGGCUUCUCGGGCGAAAGUGGCAUUGCUGCCUCUGGUGCUUUCAUCCCUAUAUCAUCCACCAUCGGGUCUAAUGCCAUCAGCGGCGCCACUGGCAUUGCUGCGUCUGGUGCUUUCACCCCUAUUUCAUCCACCAUCGAUUCUACUGCCAUCAGUGGCGCCACUGGCAUUGCUGGCUCUGGUGCUUUUACCCCUAUUUCAUCCACCGUCGUGUCUACUGCUAUCAGCGGCGCCACGGGUCUGGCCGGAUCUGGUGGCCUGACCCCCAUCUCUUCGACAAUCUACUCGACUGGCAUCUCGGGCGAAAGCGGAAUCGCUGGAUCUGGUGGCUUCACACCCAUCUCUUCCACUGUCGUUUCGACCGACAUCACCGGUCAAUUUGGCACUGCGGCAUCAGGAGGCCUGACGCCCAUCUCUUCUACUGUCGUUUCGACCGACAUCACCGGUCAAUUUGGCACUGCGGCAUCAGGAGGCUUGACGCCCAUCUCUUCCACCCUGGUCUCCACUGGCUUUGGCGGCGCGAGCGGUACUGUUCUGUCAGGUGGCCUUCCAUCAACUACGACACCAUUCACGAAUAGCAAUGCUCCUCGAAAUGGGACAGAGUUAACAAGCUCGCGGACUGGCCUUAUCAUACCCUCUGGUGGUCCAUUGGUGCCUAUCUCGUCUGAGGCAGGAUCGACCGGCUUCUUUGGCGCCAGCUCUACCUUCCUUGCUGGAUCAGGUGUGAUUCCAAGCUCAGGCACUGCUCCCUCUUUCUCUCCCAUUGCAUCGACCGGAGUAUCCACUGGCACUGAGUUCUUCACUGGCAGUGGUGCCUCCGGAGGAUCACCAUCCACCGUCUCGCCAUUCUCGAACACCAAUGCUCCCCGAUCUGGUACCAUGCCAUCCUCCGGUAUUGUCCCAACAGGGUCUGCCCCAUUGGGCUUCGCUCCAUCUGGUACUGCUCCUCUCGGCACCUCCGUGUCCCCUUUCACCAACAGCGAAGCGCCUCGAUCCGGCACUGAGAGUACGCAGAGCUCUCCAACGCCUUUCACUAACAGCGAAGCCCCUCGAUCGGGAACUGAAAGCACUGAGAGCUCUCCAACGCCAUUCACCAAUAGUGGAGCGCCCCGCUCAGGUACUCUGCCAUCUUCUGGUUUCGCUCCAUCUGGGACCGCUCCUACUGCACCUCUUGUGAGUGGCCCGUCAGGCACUGCGCCAGGGCCUGCUGGUACUACCUUUGCAGAAGUUGUGCCAUUCCCAGCUCCUCAUCAUGGCAAUGGUCCUCUCCAGCCUGUCUCGUCACAUGUCAGUACUGCGGCUCUCUCGGGAUCAAGCGGCUCGCCGUUCACGAACUCUGGCGCCAACAGAUCUGGAACUCUUCCCACCAGUCCCUCCGGUCCCCUUCCAACCGGCUUCGUACCUUCAGGGACUGCUCCAGGCCCAGUAGGAACUGGCACAGCACCAACGCCCAUAGGAACAAUUCCUCUAGAAACUGGUUCAACGCCAUUCAGCAACACUGGAGCGCUCCGAUCCGGUACUCUUCCUCCAUCAGGCGUCGCUCCCACCGGCACAGCACCGCACCUCGGCACGGCGCCUCCUGGUACUUCCCCCGCCACAUCACCUUUCCUACCCUUCCCAACUGGUGCUACUAGCUGUGUGACCAACUACCUCGGCACCAUGACCAUGUGGACCACCGUCACGGAGUAUGGUUGCUACUCCAACUGUCCACCAAACGCCGGUGGGUACGGCAGUCUUCCGACCUCGUGGCCGCCUUCUGCCGGAGGGAGUAACUACGGAGGCGGCUCCCACAGAGGCCCGCCUUGA